UCAUCUUCAUUCCCAAGUGCAUGUCGGAGAUACACCCAUUCAUUAGAACAGCAGAACAUACAGUAGGAAGAAAACCAGUUCAGAGAGAGAGAGAGAGAGAGAGAGAGAGAGAGAGAGAGGGAGAUGGCAAGUGAUAAGGUGGUGGAGACUGUGAUUGUAGGAAAUUAUGUGGAGAUGGAGACUGAAGGGAAUCCUAAGGAUGUCAAAACCAGGAUAUCCAACCUCUUCUGGCAUGGUGGCUCAGCCUAUGAUGCCUGGUUUAGUUGUGCUUCAAAUCAGGUGGCUCAAGUUCUGCUGACAUUGCCAUACUCAUUUUCUCAGCUUGGGAUGCUUUCUGGGAUACUUUUUCAGCUCUUCUAUGGCUUGUUGGGUAGUUGGACAGCCUACCUCAUUAGCAUUCUCUAUGUUGAAUACAGAACCAGAAAAGAAAGAGAGAAAGUUGAUUUCAGGAACCAUGUCAUUCAGUGGUUUGAAGUUCUUGAUGGUCUACUUGGAAAACACUGGAGGAACGUGGGUUUGGCAUUCAACUGCACUUUUCUUCUGUUUGGAUCUGUGAUUCAACUCAUAGCUUGUGCAAGCAACAUAUAUUACAUAAAUGAUAAUCUGGACAAGAGGACUUGGACAUACAUAUUUGGAGCUUGCUGUGCUACUACUGUCUUCAUUCCUUCAUUUCACAACUACAGAAUAUGGUCCUUUCUUGGCUUGGUAAUGACCACUUACACCGCUUGGUACCUCACCAUUGCUUCUCUCCUCCAUGGACAGGUGGAGGGAGUGAAACAUUCAGGACCAAGCAAGGUGGUACUAUACUUCACAGGGGCCACAAACAUUCUCUACACAUUCGGGGGACAUGCUGUUACUGUGGAGAUCAUGCAUGCAAUGUGGAAGCCACAAAAGUUCAAGGCCAUAUACUUGCUGGCUACCCUGUAUGUGCUCACACUAACACUUCCAUCAGCAGCAGCAGUGUAUUGGGCAUUUGGAGACAUGCUUCUCAACCACUCCAAUGCUUUUGCUCUCCUCCCAAAUUCACCCUUCAAAAACAUGGCUGUCAUUUUGAUGCUCAUUCAUCAGUUUAUUACAUUUGGGUUUGCAUGCACACCCCUAUAUUUUGUGUGGGAGAAGGCAAUAGGGAUGCACGAGUGCAAGAGCAUGUGCAAGCGUGCGGCGGUGAGAUUGCCUGUGGUCAUCCCCAUAUGGUUCUUAGCUAUCAUCUUCCCGUUCUUUGGUCCCAUCAACUCCACCGUUGGAUCACUUCUCGUUAGCUUCACAGUUUACAUCAUCCCCGCUCUCGCCCACAUGAUCAUCUUCAAAUCAGCAGCAGCCCGUGAGAACGCAGUGGAGCAGCCUCCGAGGUUCUUGGGCAGGUGGGCCGGCGCGUACACGAUCAAUGUCUUUGUGGUAGUGUGGGUAUUUGUGGUUGGGUUUGGAUUCGGUGGGUGGGCGAGCAUGACAAACUUCGUACGCCAAAUUGACACAUUUGGGCUUUUCACCAAGUGUUACCAAUGCCCUCCUCCGCAGUUGCCUCCACCGCAUCUCAACUCCACUGCCCCUAUUCCAUCCCCGGCCGCCUUCCACCACCCCCACCACAUUUAAGCCACCUUCAACUUAAUUUCAUUGACACUUAACCACAUUAUCACCUUGAAAGUUAUGAUCUUUCAAAUUAAGAAGAAAAGAAAAAUUGUACUGUCGCAUAAUUAGAUAUAUAUUCGUGCAAUUUUAUUAUAUCGUUAUUUUUAAAUGUGUUGCUUAGGUUAAAACAUCGUUCGGUUCUUAAAUGUAGUGUGAAAUAUAUGAGAAGUUGUAUUUUACAUUGACGGCUAAUAGUUAAGUCCUUCACGUAUUGAAUUAUUA